AUGCCGAUAACACCCUCAGCGUCUGAGACUCUGCUGAAGCAGCGCGUGUGGGCCGGCCGUAUCCCUGUCGUCUUCAGUCUUGACUCAAAUGAAGUCACUACUCUCCAUGCGCCUCGUCCGUUCUACGUCAUGGUACCCCGUAUGAGCUAUCUGGUGUCCCAAACCCGAGACGUCGUCGAGUAUUUCCAGGACGCAGCACCUCUUUUGUCCGGUAUUCAAGGUGGCAUCUGGUUCGAGGCCAAAGGGGUCCCGCUGCAUUGGCAUAUGCCGUUCGGACUACUUCGAGAUCUGCUCUGCGGUCCUGGAGCUGAGGAUGACACAGACUUGCCUUGGGCUCUGACUGUCCACUUUCUGGGAUUUCCUGUUGACGUGUUGCUGCCGUGUGACAACGAGCAGAGCGUUGAGUCGCAUUUUAUGCACAGUCUGAAGCAGGCCACGUUUCUGCGGAUGGGGUCCACGAAAGCUGUGAUGUCGUUACCGGAAGCAAAGCAGACGCAGAUCUGGACUAGUCUAUUGCAAAGUGAAUUUGAGCGUUAUCAAGAAGCCACAAUCGAGUUGCAUUUAGACGGAGGAGAAGACACUUCCAAGCUGCGGCAUUUGCCAGUAAGGGUGCACCUUGACAGUACGCCUGUGAUUCAAAUGCCUAUAGCGCCAUUAGAAAGUGGUCGAGAAAAAACACUGCGGGAAGUGCUGCAGCAUUUACUGCCGGAUCUAUUUCCAGACGCGGUAUCGAACACACCGCCAGCCUCCUUCCAGAUCGUUGUGCACGGUAUCUCUGUCCCGCUCGACGUAUCCAUCGUCGAGCUCUACCGCAAUCUUUUAUACGCCGACGGAUUCCUCUACGUGGUUGUGCUGUCCACAGUCUCUUCCUCCUGA